UCGCCUUCUCACGUCUUGGUAAGUGAUGCAGACGACUUGGUGAAUGUAGUGACAGGAGCAUGGCAUCACUUUCCUCUUUCUAUUGUCUCACGUUUCAACUGUAACAAAUGAGGCCGUAGCAUCUCCAUAAAGCAGUCAUGGAAAGCUGGCCUUACUCUCGAGACUACUUGUCUGCACUGGCUGAGCUGUGCGGCGCAGUUUAAGAACAUUAUCCCCUUUUAAUCCACUUUGCCUUCUGCUGCAUGCAGGUGGAUAGACUGUCAGAUGGAGCAGGGUGCCGCAAUCACACACCCGCUAACAUAUUUAAUUGCGCUUUUAUUUCUCAAACAGAACCAUUUCUUGCAUCUCGUUUGACUGGAUUUCACCAGUUGUUUUAAAUAUAUUCAGUUUUCUACUUAUUCCUUUGAAUUGAUCAGAGAGUAAUUUUCCAGACAUGGAGGAGCCUGAUAUACGACAACAGAAGCUGGACAACCAGCGCACCCUUCUGAUGAAAAAGCAACAGAAGAAGAGGGCUGAUUCUCAGAUGGUGGUAGCAAAUCGAGAUGCUCGACAAAAGAACAGGAAACAAAAAGCUGCCCGCUCUGAUGAAACCCCCCUGCUCAUCAGCCAAUCCCUGAGCAACACUUCCCUGACCGAUCAAGUUGAACAUGCCCAUGAUAACCCAUUGGAUGAGAUCACGCUGGGUGAAUGCGACAUCACAGCGAGCCCGCCAGUAGAUGGGCUGCCUUCAGAAAAGCUUGUCUCUCCAAAGAAAAUGAAUUUGGAGGUGGAAGAGCCGGAGGUGAAGAGUGGGGUGGAGAAUGAUGCUCAAACACAGGGGACAAAAACAAAGAAGAAAGAAGUGAAAAAAGAAAAGGCCAAACAGAUCGAACAGAUUGAGGAAAAAGAGACAGAAAAAGACUGCAAGGAGAAAAAAACUAAGAAAAAAGAAAAAGUGAAGGAACCUGGCGACCAACAGAAGACGAGCAAGACGACAAAACAAGAGCGCAAAAAGAAGCACUUAAAUGAGUCUUCAAACCAGGAGGCAGAGGUGGAGGCAUCAAGCAGUUCAAAGGAGAACAAACAGGACGGAAGUGACGAUGAAGAGGAACAAGGGUCCCGGAAGCUAGUCCCUCAAUCGCCUAAGAGGAAGAAACAACUUAACACAACCCGGUGCCAAAUAAGUGAUGAGAGCAAAGACGAAGACUUCGAGGGAAAGGAGAAGAAGGAAAAGAAAGCAAACAAAUCAGAGAAAAAUGCACAGAGUCUAGCGUCUCUUAACUCCAACUACAGAGAGAAUUCAUCCUCAGGGAGUGAAUCUUAUGAAAGGUCAACAUCUCCAAUGUCAGUGGAAGAUCUGGAGAAGUUUGCUUUGCGCCCGGCCCCCAGAGACAUGACAAUCCAGUGCAGGGUCACCAGGGACCGGAGGGGCAUGGAGAAGGGCAUUUACCCUACAUACUACCUGCACAUGGAGAAGGAGGACGGCAAGAGGGUGUUUCUAAUGGCGGGCAGAAAAAGAAAAAAGUGCAAAACGUCCAACUAUCUCAUCUCCACUGAUGCAACAGAUCUGUCCAGAGACACAAACUGCUACAUAGGAAAACUGAGGUCCAAUGUUCUGGGUACAAAGUUCACGGUCUAUGAUGGCGGUGAAAACCCUGAGAAAAAACCUUUCGUCAAAGAGUGUGAAACAGUGCGGCAAGAACUGGCAGCAAUUUGCUAUGAGACGAAUGUGCUGGGCUUUAAAGGUCCAAGAAAAAUGACUGUGAUCAUCCCUGGUAUGUUGGAGAACGACGAAAGAGUGUCCAUUCAUCCAAAAAAUGAACUUGAGACUCUAUUGGUCCGCCAUGCCAACAACAACACGGAGAAACUGGUCACACUGGUGAACAAAUCCCCGAGCUGGAACGAACAGACCCAGUCGUAUGUGCUUAACUUCCAUGGACGUGUCACCCAGGCCUCCGUCAAAAACUUCCAGAUCAUCCACCCUGACAACGAGGACUACAUAGUGAUGCAGUUCGGCCGUGUAGCAGAGGACGUCUUCUCCAUGGACUACAGCUUCCCCCUGUGUGCCCUGCAAGCCUUCACCAUCACCCUGUCGUCGUUCGAUGGUAAACUGGCGUGUGAGUGAGCGGUGCUGGUGUGCGCCUCAAGUGCUUCACUGGAUCCACGAUCAAGAAAGAAACGUGGAUUUAAAAAUUAAUCUAAACCCAUAACAUCCCACAGGAUCAUUUUUUAAAAAUGUUUUGUAACCUGGUGCAUUAAAUCACUUUGUAUUCAGAGAGCUAGAUUUUAAAGCACAUGUUUUAUAGGUGCAUUAUUUAAUUAACAGCAGAAUUAUUGAAGUGGAAGCAGUCAUAAUGGUUAUUCCAAUGCGCUUUCUUUUUUUUUAUAAAUGCCAGAUGUGUAAAGGAACCGUGCAAUUCAAAUCUUGUAAGCCUGUAAACACUUCCAGUGUCAUAUUAAAAUGUAAUAAUAUAA